CUACAGUUGUCCGCCAUAUCCGGGGUUUGUGUCCCACAAGUGAAUCGUCUGAACCGUUGUCGGAGAGGCAGUGAGAGAGCGGUUCCCAUAGACGGCAACGCGAUUGCCAUUCACUGCCUGUUAUAAUAAUAUACAUCCAUAUUAUGUAUACAUUGCGAGAGACGUGAAAACUACUGAAACAACUAUUUCUCCAUUCAAUUCAAUGGCGCCGAUAGAUCCGAAUCAGUUAUUGCAGGCCUUCGCGCCCCUCUUGACCCCCAGUGGGGGCAUCAAGAAUGCCAAUGAAGUGCCCCGACUGUCGAGUCUAAUGAAGAAGUUUUCCCGAAAGUUGGUCUCCCGUUGCGUGUAUUGUAACGUAUUGUUGGCCACCACUCCGGAUGUGCUCGAAGAAUUUUUAAGGUCUGGCGGAUGGGAGACAAUCCACUUAUGGAUCAAAUCGGCCAAAGAGUUGGGAAACAAACCGUUUUUAGACGAGUUGUUAACAUUACUACUAAAGCUUCCGAUGAAUGUCGAGAGACUCCGAGAGAACGAUUCGCCCAAAAUAAUACGAAAAAUAGCCAAACAAUCGGAUGACCCGAUACUGGCGGCCAAAGCCAAGGAAGUGGUGGACAAGUGGACCAAAAUGAUUGAAUUGGCCUCAGGUCUCAAGGAGAAGACUAAGCGUAAGAGCAACGAAUCGGCGAACAAUGUCUCAAAAGAUGCCACCAUUGGUGGCCAAAGUGAUCCCAAGAAGUCUAAACUGACCGCCAAAUCACUGAACAACGCCAUUGACUACAAUAGCGCCGACAGUAAUAGUUCGGCGCCUUUGGACGCGUUGGCGGCCGACGGCUUGAAGUUGAAAGCGGAGCGAACGCCGCGUCCGUCUACGGCCAAAGUAAAGCCCGGAAAGUCACGACUCGGCGACUUAGUCAGCGGCGGUCAGACGGGUCCUAAACUCGCCAAAAGCCGCAAAGAGUCCGAUAAAAAGUCUUCGACGGCCAGCAAUAAGGUCUCCAAUAAUGCAAACCCCGAACCCCUAAACAGUGCGAUCACUCCCGCUGUCAAUCUCCCCAAACCGAAGGCACUGCCCGUCGGAGGCAUUAAACUGAUUGAGCCGUUGAGUGUUGCCGUCCCGCCAACCCCUCCAGUGCCCGCCCCAGUGGUCGCACCACCGCCUAAACCGCAUGUGCUUCAGGACUCAAUGAGUUUUAUGGACGCAUUGAUUGCGCCGACCGUUUCGACGACGAAGAAGAAGCCGCGACGGACCAGCUCUUCGACGGCCGGCAAAGAGAUGCCAAAAGAGCCGAGUAUUAUAGACACGACGACAGCCUCGGCGUCCACUACUAGUCCAAAGGCAUCGCCGCCCAAACCCUUCUCCUUCUAUAUGGAUAUAAUCGACGAAAAGGUUGACAACAAAGUCAAUGAAUCCAACAAUAAUAGCAGCGAAGACAACGACCCGAUGGACGACGAGUACAAGAGUGACGAACAAAACGAUAGCGUCGACGACAACGAAGAGGAGAUGAAUCACAUGAGUGUCGACAUAACAGUUCCUGACAUUAAAGUGGACACAACGCUCACAUUCAACGCAUCCCUGUCU